AUGCCUGCAAAAUACUCGCAUGUAAAAAAGCGCGCCGCUACCACCCCAGUCAAGAAGUCACCCAGCAAGAAAACGUUGCCCACACAGCAAGUGGAGCGCCCAAUCCCUUUGUCUCCAGUUACCAAACUUGAGCGGGCUAUAGCCAGGAUCAUCCUACUCCGCUAUGAGCAGGACAUUGCGAGGUUGUUCUCCACCCGGCUUUACAGUAUCGCCCUCGUCCACCUCCCAACGUUUGUCAUCCGCUGUGCAGCGCUGGGAGGUCCGGGCUGGGCUGCCUACAACGCAGACACAGACGAGAUUAAAGACUUCUUUCGGGCGGCCAUUGGUAUGGAUAUGCGACAGGCUGGGGAAAGGGUAGCGACCAAGAGCGUUUUGUGGUCAUACACUGCCUUUCGACACUUUGCCAUGUCCAAUAAUAUCCACGUCUGCCAAAAGCGCGGUUUACAUUCCAAUCGACUGUUACCACAUUACGACGCCGUCAAAAGCCACCUUGAAUCGCUUGAAGCAAUGCCCCCUCCCGCAUUCGCGAAGCCGCCACAUCUUGGGUCGCUCGAGGAAGGCGAAAUUGCAUUAGAACAAGCUUGCGAAGCGAAAUAUGCAUCUAUAUGGGGACCGAAGAAUGAAUGGUGUCCCAAAUUACGGCUGGGUUAUGAAAAGCUCUCGCAAACCCUCUGGAGAGUGGCGCGGGAGUUUGACGUUCGUGGGUAUGGCACCGUUUUACGGGACAAGUUAACGACGAAAUGGUGCGACUGUGGAUGCUCCACCGACCAUUUGGGCGAGGUUUGCGAGAGAACUGUUAGAGAAGAUGAGGAGGAAAAUGGUGUUCGUUUGGGCAAACAGAGAGAAUGGGACGGGCGCGGCAGUGGUGUUUUUGGCUGGGACACAGACGAGGAAGAGGAUAUUUGGGAAAUAUCACUGGAUUUCGGUGGUCCCGAGUUUGGUUUGGAGCCCCUUCCGGAGAAUGAAGAUAACUUCGAAAACGAUAUGACGAUUGGGGAACUGAUGGAAUGGCGUUUUGUCAAAGCCGAGCGAAAAAAGGAGGAGGGCAACGUUGCCUUCCGCAAAGGCGACUACCUCUCUGCUGUCCAACACUACCAAGCUGCAUAUGACAUUGAACCCGAGCUUCCUCAUUAUCAACUCAAUCUUGCGGCGGCAAACUUGAAGCUUUCCAACUGGAUCGCUGCAGAAGCGGCUUGCACCAAAGCGCUUAGUCAGCACCAUAGCGUCAAAGGGUACUUUCGUCGGGCCAAGGCGCGGAAAAUGCUAGGUCGGGAUGAGGAGGCUAUUCGCGAUCUUCGUGCAAUAUUGAAGUUGCAACCCACGAACGUGGAUGCAAUCCAAGAGCUGGUUUUGCUCCUUCCUCCUGCACCAUCCGAGACAUUAUCGUCAUCUACGUCGUCCAUAAACCCAUCCGGCGAACGAUUAGGCAUCGUCAAAACCAAAAAACCAAAACCUCUUCCAUUUGCCCGAACUGGGUUGGAUGACAGACGACUGAAGUUUGUUCACGUUCCAACACCAGCAGCCGACCCGAGUUUACUUGGGUCUUGUCCGCACCAUACUCAUGUUUGCGAACACGGUCACCACCAUCAUCAUCAUGGACAUAGUCAUAAGGAGAAGGACAAGGAGAAAGGGAAGAGUAGGGGGACAACACUGGCCGCAGCUGGUAUUGGCAGCGCAAGUAAACGGGAAAAAGAACAAGCAUUGGAAGCCGAGAUGUUGAGGGUUCUCGAGGCAAUGAAGGUCGACAACCUAACGCUGUCGAUCGUCGCUCCAGGCUGGGAUCGUUAUGUGGUUCGCAGGGCGGAUUAA